AUGGACAACGAGGACUAUGAUACAGGUCCAGCAUAUGUGAGAUUAGUAUCCAACGAUGGACACACGUUUGUUGUGUCCAAGGAUGUGGCGAGUGUCAGCGGGACACUACAGAACAUGCUCUCUGAUACGUUUGAGGAGGGCCAGACCAACACCAUCAAGCUGCACGACAUUGACGGCACUGUGCUGGAGAAGGUAGUGGAGUACCUCUACUACAACCGCAAGUGGGCCGACAGUGUGGAUGUGCCUGAGUUUGCUGUCCCCACGGAGAUGGCGUUGGAGUUGCUCGUGGCUGCCGAUUUUCUCCAUGUGUGA